AUGCCUAACAAGAUUGUCGUUUUGGGAGCCGGGGUCUCAGGCCUCACAACUGCCUACUUGCUAUCUAAGGAUCCCGAAAAUCAAAUUACUGUGCUCGCCAAGCACAUGCCAGGCGACUAUGAUAUCGAAUAUGCCUCCCCAUGGGCUGGUGCCAACUACAUGCCGGUUGGUAAGCAAGGAAGCAAUCACCAUGCGUGGGAACGAGAUACCUGGCCAGCGCUGAAGGAGAUUACCGAGAAAUAUCCCGAAGCUGGAAUUCACUUCCUCGAUGCUAUUAUUUACAACCGAAAGAAAGAUCAGGAAACGGCCACUGGUAAGUGGUUCUCUGAAUUGGUGCAGCCGAACCCCUGGUACAAGGAUGUGGUACCCGACUUCAGAGACAUUCCAGAAAGCCAGCUAUCUCCUGAAAUCGACAAUGGUCAAAUCUUCACCUCUGUAUGCAUCAACACUGCCGUCUACCUCCCAUGGCUAGUUGGGCAAUGCACCAAGAACGGCGCAGUCUUCAAGCGAGCCAUUUUCAGGCACAUCGCCGACGCCGCAAACGCACACCACUCAGGUCAAAAGGCCGAUGUUAUCGUGAACUGCACGGGUCUCUCGUCCAAGUUCCUGGGUGGAGUGUGUGAUGAGAACCUUCUUCCCGCCCGCGGCCAGAUCGUCGUUGUUCGCAAUGACCCGGGCCCAAUGAUUGGUCUUUCUGGAACGGAUGAUGGAGAAGACGAGGCAUUGUAUAUGAUGACACGUGCGGCCGGCGGUGGCACCAUUCUCGGCGGCUCUUAUCAGAAGAAUAACUGGGACGCCCUACCUGACCCAAACCUUGCCAACCGAAUCAUGAAGCGCGCAAUCGCGAUUGCGCCUCAGCUCGUCAAGGAGGGUGAAGGCAUCGAGGGUCUGGAUAUUAUUCGUCACGGUGUUGGCCUGCGACCUCUGCGGGAGGGUGGUCCUCGGGUUGAAAAGGAUGAGGUGGCUGGAGUCAAGAUCGUUCACAACUACGGUCAUGGUGGAUUUGGAUACCAGGCUUCAUUUGGAUGUGCUGAGACUGCAAUCUCGUUGGUCAAGGAGGUGUUGCAGAAUAAGACUCGGGCUAAGCUCUGA